AUGAACUCGACACAUCCUUGUCUCAAUGGCUUCCGCGUUUUGUUAUCAUCACAAACAUUGUUUCACAUCGAGAGAAUUAUUGCUUUCGUUAAUUGUCAUGCUGUGCUGUACGUACUUUUACCUAUCUUCAAAGAUAGGCGUCGUGCCAUUGUGCGCUCGCCUCUCGCAUCGUCAACUGGUACCCCCCUACAGAAGAGCGCAUCCAUAGCAGUUCCGAUCCCAUAUAUACAACAUAUUUGUACUGUGUGUUCGACGCUGGACCAGAUGACAUCGAUGGAAACUACAUCAUCCGAUCUUGCCGUUGCAAUGAAAAGCGUAACCUUGGGUCCUUGCAAAGAUAUGGGACGUAAGAAGCUUGAACUCAAGCUGAUCACCGAGAAUACUGAGGCGGAAAAUGCUUGUGAGGACGAUCCACCAUCACCCUGCUACAGUAGCCCGAACGAUAGCGAACCGCCUUCGCCGGAUUCUGGAUUCUCGUCCGACGAGAACGCUUCGCCGUUAGCGCACAGAGAUACUCGAAGAAGUGCUCUGCCAUCAGCGCUACGCCGAAGGCCACGAUCCAAAGUAUGUGCAAAACGUGUACGUUUUGCCGAUGCGCUCGGAUUGGACUUGGAGAAACGCAAGUAUUUCACAGAAAAGGAAUCCAAUCCUUUCAGUUUCCCGACACCACCAUCGUCACCAACACCCGAACAUCGUCUUGUUCUAACAAAUUUCGUCUAUCGCACCGAAUCCGAGUACAAUCAGCGUGCUCGUGAUAAUAAUGUGUGCUUGGCGAAACUUCACACUCAAGGCCGUAAUAUAAAUGGCCAGAUAAAUGUCUCGAACAUUGCCUUCACUAAAGAAGUAGCUAUCCGUUAUACGACAAACGACUGGGCCAGCUACGAUGAAGUAGCAGCCUCAUAUGGACACAAUGUUUUCGGAGCGAACAAUGUUGACGCGUUCGUGUUCUCAUUGAUACUCCCAACUGAUAUGAAGGACGGCCAAUGCCAAUUCUGCGUGCGCUUCUUAGCCGGAGGCCAAGAAUUCUGGGAUAACAACGGUGGCGAUAACUACCGCGUAAACAUGGUGCAAGAAUCGUCUGCACCAUCUCAAUCACAUCUUCGUCGUCGUUCUUCACACCCCGCCGUCUACGUCGUUGGGGACGAGCUCAAGAAGAGUCGGACGAUGAGAGCUCACGCAUCUACAUUCCUCGCCGAAGAGUACUGUAGAAGCGACUUCACGACAUUAGUGUGGCGAAAUGAAAGAAAUGCACACGACACGACAUCGCGGGUAGUUUUAUGAAAUGUCGUGUCGUGACAUUUGCCACGACGUAUGUGUCGACGUCGUUACACUGCACAUGUUCUUGCUCA